AUGGCCCCCACGGAUCACAGCGUCCUCCUCACCAUCGCCACCAUAUCCGGCAUGGUCUUCUCGUGCGCCGCCAUCCUGAUAAGGGUGUGUAUGCGCACCGGCCCGCGACCGCGCCUUUCGUGGGAAGGCGUCGCACUGGCGGCGACCAUCCUCGUUUCCCUCACGCAGUCCAGCGUGGUUCUGUUCGCUAUUGCUCACGGAUUUGGCAAGUCGGCCGGUGAGGCUACAUACGACGACAUUCUCACACGGGGAAAGGCCAUCUAUUUUGGAGAUAUCCUGUUUAUCAUAGCCAUAUGGAUGACGAAAUGCUUCACCGCCUUCGUCUUUUUCCGCCAGCCGUUUAGGAAGAGCCACAGCAAGUCGGUGUUGGCUGCCAUCAUCACAUUUACAGCCUUCAUGUUUACAUCCGUCCUCCUGCUUGCGCUGAGCUGUGAUCUGCCGCCGCCUGGGACACCUAUCGAAAAGUCUUGCACCGCUUUGGAAUCCGUGCGGUGGGUCGUGGUCGCCAGCCUCGACGUUGCCAGCGAGCUCCUCCUCUUCUCGCUGUCCAUCUACCUCGUCAGUGGUCUGCGCCUGCGCCUCGCGGCCAAGCUGGCGGUGACGGCCGUCUUUGGCGCACGCCUGGUUCUCGUCGCCCCGGCCGUCCUGCACGCCCACCUGCUCCGGAGCGCGCUCGUAUCGGGGGACCCGUCGCUGCAAGAGGUCGGCGCCGCCGUGUGUGUCCAGGUCGAGAUGUGCAUCGCCAUCGCGAGCACCGCCGCCGUCGCCUACGAUCCUUUCGUCACGGCCCUCGGCGCCCAGCACGGCGGGCGGGUCGCGGGCGGCGUGGCCCGGCAGGAGGACGCUAUCGACUUGCAAAGGGCGGAAGCGGGAGCCCUCCGCGUCCUUCGCGCUCGGGAGUUUCGUGUCGCAGCCGAGCCGCGGGAGCACCAGUGAUGGUAGGGGAAGCGCUGGUGGGGACAUCGAGUUGAUUAAUGCAGGCGGUCUCCUACAUGGUUCCAGCCAUGUCAAGAGAAAUAAGGGAGAGAAGAGCGUGGUCUAUCCGUUCAGUGACCACU